CUCGCCGUGGACCGGCGCGCAUGCGCAGAGGAGAAGGCGAGGGAGCCCGAGGGAAGCCCUUCGCUUUGGGGGGUGACCUCAGCCCGGACUAGCGCCUUGGAUAAGCAACGCAACAGAGGCAGAGGACCCAGGUUCCGUUCCAAAGUGGAAUUAGACCAAGCGGAAGAAGGGGAAGGCCCUGGAAGUCAUUUCGUGGACUUCCCUGAGCUGCGAUGAACGCCAUUGUGGUCCUUUGCCACUUCUGUGAAUUGCAUGGCCCACGCACCCUCUUCUGUACGGAAGUCCUGCACGCCCCUCUUCCGCAUGGUGCAGGAAAUGGGGACAGCCCAGGACACAGCGAGCAGCCGGAAGAGGAGGAAGGGGGCAUUCAAAUGAGCAGCCGGAUCCGGCCGCACAGUCCGGUGGAGGGCGCCAGCGUGGACUCCAGCAGCCCGGGACCGAAGAAGUCGGAAAUGUGCGAGGGUUGCCGUUCUCUUCCAGCGGGCCACCCGGGCUACGUCAGCCAUGACAAAGAAACCUCCAUUAAAUAUGUCAGUCACCAGCACCCAAACCACCCUCACCUCUUCAGCAUCGUCCGCCAAGCUUGCGUCCGCAGCCUCAGUUGCGAGGUGUGUCCGGGCCGCGAAGGGCCUAUCUUCUUUGGGGAUGAGCAGCACGGAUUCGUGUUCAGCCACACCUUCUUCAUCAAAGACAGCCUGGCCCGGGGCUUCCAGCGCUGGUACAGUAUCAUCACCGUCAUGAUGGACCGAAUCUACCUCAUCAAUUCCUGGCCGUUCCUUCUGGGCAAGAUCCGGGGCAUCAUUGACGAGUUGCAGGGCAAAGCGCUGAAGGUGUUUGAGGCAGAGCAGUACGGCUGCCCGCAGAGAGCCCAGCGCAUGAACACGGCCUUCACCCCUUUCCUGCACCAGAGGAACGGCAAUGCGGCCCGUUCUCUUACCUCGCUGACCAACGACGAGAACUUGUGGGCAUGUCUCCACACUUCCUUUGCAUGGCUCUUGAAGGCUUGUGGGAGCCGGCUGACGGAGAAGUUACUGGAGGGCGCGCCCACCGAGGACACGCUUGUUCAAAUGGAAAAAUUGGCAGAUCUUGAAGAAGAAUCCGAAGGCUGGGAUAACUCCGAGGAAGAAGACGGGAAGCCUUCCAGCCGGGUGGGCAUUGGGGAAGGCCGCGAACUGGUCAAGAGCCCGACUGAUUCGUCUCUGCUGUUAGACUGCGGUAGCUGGAAUGGAGGGCCCAGAAACCAGUCUGUUUUCCGGUCCCUCCGGCAUUUGAGACAGGUCCUGGGGGCGUCGGCUUUUCACAUGCUGGCGUGGCACGUGCUCAUGGGAAAUCAAGUCAUCUGGAAAGCACGGGACCCGGAUCUCGUCCAGUCUGCUUUUGAUGUCCUACGGACCAUGCUGCCUGUUGGUUGCGUUCGGAUCAUCCCCUACAGCGACAAAUACGAGGAAGCCUAUCGAUGUAACUUCCUUGGGCUCGCCCCUCACGUGCCGGUCCCGCCUCACAUUCUGUCAUCUGAAUUUGCUGUCCUUGUGGAAGUCCGCACUGCCACUAGGUUGAGCCUCUACCCUGUUUUGUUCGAUGAUGAACAAGCGCUCAGCAAAUACGAAUUUGUGGUCACCAGCGGGAGCCCUGUAGCAGCAGACAGAGUGGGCCCGACCAUCUUGAACAAGGUCGAAGCUGCCUUGACAAACCAGAACCUUUCAGUGGACGUGGUCGACCAGUGCCUCAUCUGCCUGAAGGAGGAGUGGAUGAAUAAAGUGAAGGUCCUCUUCAAGUUCACCAAAGUGGACAGCCGGCCCAAGGAGGAUACCCAGAAGCUGCUGAGCAUUUUGGGCGCCGCCGAGGAGGACAAUGUGAAACUCCUGAAGUUCUGGAUGACGGGCCUCAGCAAGACGUACAAGUCUCACCUCAUGUCCACCGUUCGCAGUCCGAUUUCGUCAUCUUCAGAGUCUCGAAACUAGCCCAGGAUUUUUUGGUGGUGCUUGGGGAAAAUUUCUUGCUGUGGCCUUCCCCAUCGGAACCCCGUUGCCUCAGCUCCAAGGACUGAGGCAAGGAAGAAUAGGAUUCGUCUGUAUCCAUGGAGAGCUCCAACUUACUACUGUAUGCAUGGACACCUGAAUGCUUUCCGGGCUGUUUUCCAGUAAUUCAGAAGUGCCUGCGGUGGGGAUGUUCUCCCAUGUCUAUGGGCUAGAAAAGAUUAUUGUGUCUUGGAUCAUGUUUUUCUAACCAGUUUCGCAAAGCUGGGAAUGAUGAAUUUCUCCCACCCUGGCAGAACUUUUUAUUGGGGAGUUGGAAACUUAAAACAUGUUGUGUUUUUAACCGUCCCUGAUGCUAUCCUCCGCAAGUCAAAAGUGCUUCGUCUGUUUUCAGAUGAGUAGAUGGUCUCCUUUGCCUGCACUGGAGUAUGAUCGUAGCGGAUUUUUCUUGGGAUGGGUUCAGACUGUGUUGAUUCUGCCAGUUGACUUCCCACAAUGCAGCCAAAAGAAAAGAGUCUUGUUUUUUUUAGAUCGGUGGGAGGGUGCUUGAGCCAACUGAUUGGAACUGUGAUUGGGCUGUUUCUUUAUAACCCGGUAGAUAAGCAGGCUUUGCCUUGAAAAGGGAAACUUAAAUUUUGUAUUUGAAAGGAAUCUGCCUGCAAGACCCUGGACUUUCCAUUCUCGUAGAAGGCAGUGAAAACUUGCAAACUGUCUUAUUCCCCCUCCCACCAAUGUGCUGAUGAUUCUUGGCACUGUGGAGAAAAUAAACACUGUUUGGAGAAGAUCUCUUUUUUCAGUUUCAAUUGGAAGAAAAAGUCGCAGUAAGAGUAUACUGCAUCAUGUUUGGUAUUUGUGUAAAGGCCAUGGUCUGAUCAGAAGGUGGCUUGCUCCACAUAUAAGAGAAAUGUUUGUGAAAAAGUCCUGUGCGUUUGGUGAGCGGAGAGCAUCCCUUGUAACGGGAGAAAGAACCUUUUUCUCAUGUUUUGGGGUUGUUUUUUUAAAAAAUUAAUAUUUGCACAGUGGUUUGUAGUUUAUCCAACAAGUCCUUUGCUAGGGACUUCUCCCCCAUCAAUAUUUAUGUUGAAAUUUAAAAUGAAAAGGAAAAACAAAGAUAGAUUUUAAACACUGCACAUAUCUAACUUCUUUGUAAGUUGAUAACAAUUUUUUUUUUAUCACAGAGUGGCUUAAAUAUUUUUUCUAAGUAAAACUAGGCUUGUUGUCUUGCAAAAUGUGGCUAUAAUUUUCAGAUAUUUAUACUGAUUUUUGUUGAUAAUUUUGCCGUUUUAAUUUAAAAGCUAUGUUCAGUCUGUAGCCCAUGAACCAAAUAAAAUAGCUGUUUUUUCCCCCAA